AUGGAAGCUCAAUAUCUGACGUUCCAGAAGCAGGAGCUUCAUUACUCCAGCACCAGUCUCUCUCCCGCCACCACCAAACCGAAACAGAAAAGCAACGGCAAGAGCAAGUUCGUGGGAGUCAGGCAGAGGCCCUCUGGGAAGUGGGUUGCUGAGAUCAAGGACACCACUCAAAAGAUCAGAAUGUGGCUGGGGACAUUCGAUACCGCCGAGGAAGCUGCCCGGGCUUACGAUGAGGCUGCCAGACUCCUCCGGGGAACCAACACCCGCACCAACUUCACCAACACCAACAGCAGCUAUAGCCAUAGCAGUGUGUUCUUCCCCAAUUCACACAUCUCAACGAAGAUCAGAAACCUCCUACACCGCAAGAGAAACUCUCAAAAGCAAAAGAACAAGUCAAAUAACAUCAUCCCUCCGUCUCUCAGAGCUAGCAGCAGCGGUAGCCAAAUUGUUAGCUUCCAGUGGGAUGCUCAGACUUCCCCUGCAUCCUCACUCUCCCAUGAGAAGGAGAUGGUCAAGCAAGAGAGGAAGAGGAAGGCCUUCGAUGACGAUGUUUACAGGCCUGAUGUCAGCUCCUGCAUUAGUAGUACUGCGUCAUCGGCAUCGUCAUUCCAGCAAUUACUCUGCACUCCUCCAUCGUCUUUGUUGCCAUUCAUGCCUUCCGGAUUGGACCAGCAUCCUGCAAUGCAACAGGGAAUGAUGGAUAAUUCCUUUUGUCAGGCCGAUGAUCACGACCAUAGUAGUAUUGGGUUGUUUGAUGCUUGUGCCGGGGAAUUGGAGCUGCCCAAGUUUGAGAGGAUGAAGGUGGAGAGGCAGAUUUCGGCUUCGUUGUAUGCAAUGAAUGGAUUGAGUGAGUGUAUGAUGCAGGGGUAUCAGAGCGAUGCAGCAGCGAUGUGGGAUUUCCCUGCACUGUGCUCUGUUUUUGCAGACUCCCUUCCUUUUCCUCAGGGCCUGUUUAAAGCUUGA